CGGCCGUAACGUCAUCCCCACUUGACGCGACUUUCAGAAGUCCCCCACCACCCGGCUCAGUCGCGCGCCGACCACCGAGUGAUGUGUACGUUUUUCUGUGUCCUCUCGCGCAGUUGAUCGCAAUUGUCGAUCUAACAUUCUAAUAAACCGAAUUCCGUUCUUUUCGGGAGUGUCGUGAACUCGGACGAUCUUGCGACGCGAACGAGACGGCAGUGCGAGGUUCGCGCCUCGGUACUUGGUGAUCCGAAGUGUGAAUGCGAGCGCAUAUCGCUUGACGCCGGUUCGAAAACGGAACAGUUAGAUUGCGAUCGUGCGAUUCUGUGAUUCUAACUAUUUCGGCGAUGAUUAUGGAUGAUUAUCCGUACGCGCGGACUGCGGCCUGCAUCGUGACCGAUCCGAGUGAGACGUUAUUACGUCACGCGGCUUGACGAAUUGGCGGGAAUCCGAGAAGAGAGAUCGGUGUGAAAUUCGCGCGAAUGUAAAUCGACUGAAACGCGUCGCUGGACACUCGGCAAUAUGGCGUAUCGUGGAACGUGCCGGUGCCUUCAAGCUUGAUCCAAGUAGACCAGCCGAAAUGAUCGAUCCGAGUUCGACGACUUUGCGGCGGGUGACCCGUUGAAUGGCGGUAUCUUGAUCUCGCGCGGAAUCAAUGAUCAAAGUGCGAGUGGUGCGGCAUGUCGGUGCGCUAGCAGCAGUAUACACGGUUGUGUGACGUCGUUGUAAAAGUUGACUGAUUAGUGUGACGAUGAUUUCAAUCAGUGCAAGGAAGCGGCGAAUAAUCAUGAUCGUGCUGGCGGUGUCGUUGCUGCUUCUUCGGGCUCAUCGGGCAGCGGGCUCCGAACGUUUGGCCUUGUUGUCAGGCACCCUGAAGACCUAUCAACGCGCGGCCUGCGACGAGGAAAUGAUGACGUUGAAAUGUCCACCCGGCACAACCAUUCUUGUCGAACACGCUCAGUACGGAAGAACGGGAAUGCAUGGCAUCAGCAAAUGCAACUCGUCCGUUCCCCCGAUGAUUGCGGGGGAGGACGAGCCGACGAAUCACACAUGCAUCUGGCCACAAUCAGUGCAGCACUCACUGUUGCAGAGGGUGGUCGGAGUCUGCCAGAAAAAGCGGCAGUGCAAGUUUAACACCAACCCGCAGACCUUACAGGGCGAUCCAUGUCCCGGACUGCGAAAGUACAUCGAGGUCGCCUACAAAUGCCGUCCCUAUGAGUUUAGGAGUAAGGUGGCUUGCGAGAACGACGUCAUCAAUCUCGUUUGCUUCCCCAGCCAAAGGGUCGCGAUCUUCAGCGCGUCUUUUGGCAGAACGCAAUACGAAUCCUUGCAAUGUCCGCAGCCGCGGGGCGUGCAAGAGGAAACCUGCAUGAUGGAUUUUGCAACGGAAACCGUAAUGCAAUUAUGCCACGGUAAACGACGAUGCUCGGUGGUAGCUAAUAGCACAACGUUUGGUCGACCCGAUCCUUGCAGCCCGAACAGCAAGACCUAUCUCAAAGUCGUGUAUACCUGUGUUCCGAGAUCGGUGUUACGGGAGCAAUACGAAGGCGAGGUCGAGCCAGAUGAGUUGGAGCUGAUACCCGAGUUCGAGGAAGGUUUCGACCGAGUGGACUUUAGGACGGAAUUCAGCCCCAGUCCGAACCUCGAAGGACCGCAGCCGCAGCCUCGGGACAAUGUUUCCAGAAAUCUUCCGACCGUCAGCUCGUCCCCGCCUCGUGCACGGACCAACAACGACGUGGACGCGCGGUUGAACAUGUUAAAAUCGCUCGGUAUCGGGGCGAAACAUUUACCCUUAUCGCCUUUACCGCCCACGGUUAUCCAGGGGGUUGCAAUGGCGAGCGACAACGGGGUUGGUAAUGCCGCAACUACGCCGGGCGCCGUCGGCGCAUCCGGAAACUGCACUACCGUCGUCUACGCGUUUCCGGAAGAGGAGGAUCGCCUAGUGGUGGGAUACCUCAAUGAGUGGAUCAAUGCAUAUUCCUUCAUCACGAACAACCAAGAGAAGUUUUACCUCUACAUUAUCGUAUCGGUCAGCGCUGGUAUCUUGCUCUUUCUGGGACUGGUUAUUGGCCGCCUGUUAGUCAGCCGGCAUCGCGCCAAGAGGGAUGCAAAGUUCCAUGCGAAUAACGAGACUCUUCCAAAUGGAUUCACCGACGAUAUUUCCGAAAUUGAUGCGGAUAUCGAUCUUACCACACCAGUUGCAGUACCAAUGCAAGACGCAAGAUUGUCCGAAACUCAAUUGGCCGAGAGGCUUCACGGCGAACGUUACUAUGCCGAUACAAGGAUACCUCUGUCGCCAACGAGCAUCCACGUCGCGUCGGUGCCUCAUGCGACCAACACGGGGAUGCGGGUCGAUCUUGGAAAUCACAUGGUUGGCACGGAUAAUCUUCACACGAUCCUACGCGCGGAGAAUCCCAGGAGCCUCAACAGCAAAAGCUAUUACUACGGCUGACAAGAGGAAGGGGUUGUCCCGCGCGAGGGACGACCCCCGUCCUUGAGCCCGGUACCGGAAGUAAGCACGCGAAAAUAUUGCUUUUAAAUUUGACGAGACGGGAAGACGCGCAGACUUACGGCAGAGCCUUACUCGUCUCUUACACCGAGCCGCUGUAAAUUAUGUUGAACACGAAGAAAAUUGUGCCAUUUAUAUCGCAUCCCGAAUUACGGUAGGUAGUGACAGUGCAAUCUCAGAUUUGUCGGGCUGACUUUAACGACAAGCACUUACUGGGAGCUGUUAAAACAGACUUAUACACUACGGAUUUUUGUAUGUCUGCAAAAGUGUCGUCCAUUUUUCGGGAUUCGCGCGAAAAUUCUCGAGGAGUGUAUAAUCUAUCGUUGGCAAGGAUGAAGAAGGGGAGAAUCAUAUAAUCACGA